CUGGAAGCAGGAAGCGCCUGGUGGCCUGCCCCAGGAUGGCGGGGCCUGGCUGGGCUCCCCCGCGGGUGGACGGCUUCAUCCUCACCGAGCGCCUGGGCAGUGGCACGUACGCCACAGUGUACAAGGCCUACGCCAAGGUGGGUGCGGGGCGGGACGGGGCCGGACUCGCGGCACGAGAACUUCUAAGGGCCUAGCCCUGUGCCCACCAGAUCCUGAGCGAGCCCAGAAGGACACUCGACAGGUGGUAGCCAUAAAGUGCGUGGCCAAGAAAAGUCUGAACAAGGCGUCUGUGGAAAACCUCCUGACAGAAAUUGAGAUUCUCAAGGGCAUUCGACACCCCCACAUCGUGCAGCUAAAAGACUUUCAGUGGAACAGUGACAACAUCUACCUCAUCAUGGAGUUUUGUGCAGGAGGUGACCUGUCUCGCUUCAUCCAUACCCGCCGGAUUCUUCCGGAGAAGGUGGCUCGUGUCUUCAUGCAGCAGUUGGCUAGUGCCCUGCAGUUUCUGCAUGAACGGAACAUAUCUCACCUGGAUCUGAAGCCACAGAACAUUUUGCUGAGCUCCUUAGAGAAGCCCCACCUUAAACUGGCAGGUAGGGCAGAGCCCUGUGCUGGAGUUCAGGAUGAGGCUCCAAAUGCCGAGAGCAGAAGCAGCUGGAAUUUGAGCCCUACUGUCUGGAACUUGCCCACAGACUUCGGCUUCGCACAGCACAUGUCUCCGUGGGAUGAGAAGCAUGUGCUCCGUGGCUCCCCCCUCUACAUGGCCCCAGAGAUGGUGUGUCAGCGGCAGUACGACGCCCGUGUGGACCUCUGGUCUGUGGGGGUCAUCCUGUAUGAAGCUCUCUUCGGGCAGCCCCCCUUUGCCUCCAAAUCGUUUGCAGAGCUGGAAGAGAAGAUCCGGAGUAACUGGGUUAUUGAGCUCCCCCUGCGGCCUCCACUCUCCCAAGACUGCCGGGACCUGCUGCAGCGGCUUCUGGAGAGGGACCCUGGACGUCGCAUCUCCUUCCAGGAGUUCUUUACCCACCCCUGGGUGGACCUGGAGCACAUGCCUAGUGGGGAGAGCCUGGCACGAGCAACUGCCCUGGUGGUGCAGGCUGUGAAGAAGGACCAGGAGGGGGAUGCUGCAGCUGCUUUGUCUCUCUACUGCAAGGCUCUGGACUUCUUCGUGCCUGCCCUGCACUAUGAAGUGGACGCCCAGCGGAAGGAGGCAAUUAAGGCAAAGGUGGGGCAGUACGUGUCCCGGGCUGAGGAGCUUAAGACCAUUGUGUCCUCCAGUCGGGCCCUGCUAAGGCAGGGGACCUCUGCACAAGACCUGCUCAGAGAGAUGGCCCGGGACAAACCACGUCUCCUGGCUGCCCUGAAAGUGGCUUCAGCUGCCAUGGCCAAGGAGGAGGAAGUUGGUGGGGAGCAGGAUGCUCUGGACCUGUACCAGCACAGCCUGGGGGAGCUGCUGGUGCUGCUGGCAGCUGAGCCCCCAGGCCGGAGGCGGGAGCUGCUUCACACUGAGGUUCAGAACCUCAUGGCUCGAGCUGAAUACCUGAAGGAGCAGGUCAAGAUGAAGGAGUCUCGCUGGGAACCCGAGACCCUGGACAAGGAAGGUCUGUCAGAGUCUGUUCGGAGCUCUUGCACCCUGCAGUGACCCCAGAAGGAUGACUAGACAGACCUCAGGCCACCUGGAGUUGGGGGCUGCACACACUCAUGCCGAUGUCCAGAAUUCUGUGACCUUCUGUAUUCUGGCAGAGCAGCCUUUGGAUAGGCACCUCAGAUCCUCCGUAUUCCAGGGUCCGCAGCACUCCCAGGAUACUCUCUACCCUCCAAAGAGUGAUAGAUAGCCUGGCCCAGGUGUGCACUAGGAGCAUUGGGCCUGGCUGGGGUGUGGAGAGACAGGGGAGGAGAGUGGGUUUUUUUGUUUGUUUGGGUUUUUUUUAUGUGACUUUGGUUAGUUGGUGGUUCCUAGGCCCUGAGCCUGUCAAUUUGGGGGCAUCAAAGCUUCCAUUUUUGCUCUGAGAAGAGGGCAAGGGGUAGCUAUGCCCUGUGCCUACUCUUGUUCUUCCUGGGAGCCUUAACUGCAACUCAUUUCCAUCCUUGCAAUGGACUGAGCACUCCAAGACUGCUCAGGGACCACCCACUUCACAGUCUGCACUCAGCCCCACAGAACUCACUGGUCUUCCUGGGACCUGACUUCUGCCUACCCUUUCAGUGUUUUAAGAUAAUCCUUCAAGCAUGAACAUAAUAUGCUUUGUGGGGCGGGGUAAAUUGGAGAAACCUAUGCCUUGUUCUUACCCUGGCCCAGCGGGUACCAGGGGAGGAGUCUUUAGUCUUCAUUGCUCCUGCCUCAGUCCUUGUUUGGAGAAGACCCCCUACUUGCCACAGAGCUGGUCCUGGCCUGCAAUGGGGAGGCAUAGGAGCUGCCUGACCCCUCAGGCUUCAGGGACCUGGCAGCCCAGGAAACCUGCUUCUAGGCUGCUACAUGUGCCCCAGGCAAGCGCCUUCCCCUUGCUGGGCCUGGGUCUCCCCAUCUUUCUAACAGGCCUGCUAAUACCGCCUCAGCCCCCAAUGUGGGCUUUUAGGAAGACAAAAUAACUUUCAUCUGGAGAAGAAUGUACACACCUGGAGUUGUUUGGGGGUUUCUUUUUAAAGCUGAGAGGGGGUUACUGAUUUUUACCCUUCUGCCUUUCAACGCCUCUUUGGGGCAAGAGUCAUCUGUUUGCCCUGCUAGAGGCCUGUGUGGAGAAUAUCAUUCAUUGUUUCCCUAUUAAAUUAUUUUCUGAA